ACGUUGGACAUCUACCUGAGCAAGAGCGAGGAGGCACGCGCGGCCGAGUCGGCGGCCGGCACCGCGGAGCCCGAGGGCGACGGCGACUCGGACGACAUGGACCGGAGGGCGGGCGGCCGCAGGGCGGGCAGGCGGCGGAGGUCGCAGAGGCUCGCUGCCUCCCCCGGCGCCGACGCGGCGCUGCCCGGCUGCGCGCCCGAGGACGACGCGGCUGCCGACCGGAAAGUGAGGUCCCCGCGGGCGGCUGCCGACGGGGGCGUUGCCCCGGGCGCGAGCGCCGAGCCCAGGCCCAGCCCCGGGCCCAGGGCGCCGCUCCGCGGUGAGCAGGACCGGAGCAGACCGCCGCCGGCCGCGUCCCCCACCAAGAGGAGGGCUCGGGGCCGCGGGCCCGAGGCCGCGCCCGCCGGAGGCCCGCGGGCUCCCGCGCGUCCGGAUCCUCAGUCGCAGGCCGCCCCGGGCCCCGCGGGGGGCAGCGCGGAGGCGGCGCGGGCCGGGCCCCGCGAGCUGCCCGUGCGGAGCUGCUCGCUGCUGCCCGAGAUCAGGCCGGAGCACAAGCGGGGCCCGCUGCCCGCCCACUGGGACGGCCGCGCCGCGGAGCAGGGCAGGCCGGCCGCGGCCGACGCCGAGGGUCCGAAGCCCAGGAGCCCCUUCGGCGCCGGCAGGUCGACGGUGACCACCAAGCGGAAUACUCAGGAGGAAAACCAGAAAUGUUUCACGAAGAGGCCGGAUGCUGACGGCCCUGCCGAGCCAGCGGUCACCGCUCUGAUUCCUGUCAACGACCACAAGCUGGCAGGAGAGGACGAAGCAAAGGCAGCCGGCCGCAAAGGACGCGGACUUGAAAACACCUCCUCCAUCCUGGGUACCAGAGGUUCCCUUCCGACAGCCACACCGGAGCCGCAGGACGCACUUUCUGACUCACAACCCCCUGCUGAGCCAUCUAAUGGGUGUUCUGUUCCCCGGCCUGCACCCAUUCCUCUGCAUGUUCCCGAGGACGGGUGUUCUCAAGCUCCCAUAAGUCAUGUUCUGUGCACUGAUCUCAAAGUGUCAGGAGACCAUAUUGUGCCUACGUCUCCUCAGAAUAAUGAGAAGACAUCCCCCCCCAAACUUCCGGGAGGAGGCGGAGGUGGAGAAGCAAGCUCUCCUUUGUCCACAAAGCAAGGCCCAGAAGCUGCCAGCGUUGAGUGUCCAUCCAAGGUUCUCGUGCAGGUCAGGUCCUUCAUGCUGCCUGUGGACAGCCCGCAGGAUGUGAGCUCCCAGAUCAUCGCAGAGAGCUCUGAAGUCAGAGAAGGGCAGUUGCCGAGCAGUCACAGUAAUGAACUUGAAGUGGUUUCCGUUGCAAGCCGUGCUCCCCCGAAAGAGGAAGUCCCGGGCAGUAAGAGCCCGUCACUCAAGCACGUUCAUUGCAGAGAGGAACACGGAGCCAAAUGGGGCUCACAAGCCAUGCCGCCAGCAUCAGAGGAAACUCCGCUUGUGGGAGCUCAAAGUCAGGGCAACGGAAAACCCACACAGGCCGAAUCCAGUGCCACCAACCCCCCCGGCGCUAGAAAUCAUUCAGAAACCACGCAAAGGCCAGAUCAAAGUGCGCAGGGCCAGGACAGCCCUGUCAGUCUUCUGAACACCUCUGCUGGGAGUGAUGAUAGUGUAUUUGAUUCUUCCUCUGAUAUGGAAAAAUUCACCGAAAUUAUCAGAAAGAUGGACAGCACCGUGUGUGUGCCUCAGAAGAAAAAGAAGCCCAGGGUGCCAAACCCUGCCCCCCCUCACUUUGCCAUGCCCCCCAUCCAUGAGGACAAUUUAGAAAAGGUGUUUGAUCCCAACCUGUUUACCUUUGGUUUGGGGAAGAAAAGGGAAAGCCAGACGGACAUGUCACCAGCUUUACAUUUGAUGCAGAACUUUGACACAAAAUCUAAACUGAGGCCGAAGCGUGCGUCCGCGGAGCAGAGCGCCCUCCUCCAGUCCUUGCUCGCUCACCCUAACGGGAAAGACGGGCCCCUGGCAACUCCGGAAAUGAAUGACAAGGAGAACAGGGAUGUCGCAAAUGGUGGGGUUAAGAGGUCUAGGCUAGAAAAAAGUGCCCUUUUCUCAGGCAUGUUAUCUUCUCUACCACAAGACAGAAUCUUUUCUCCCUCCGUCACGUCAGUCAAUACUAUGACCACAUCUUUCAGCGUUUCUCAGAGCAGUUCCCUUUCUCGGUCCGCUGAGGCGCGGUCCCUGGCAGAGGGUGCCACGCCCUGUGGUUCAGACAACGAUCGCCCACAUCUGCCACCCUGCUUAAAGGUCUUCACCUUCGACUCAUCAAGCACAUCUCAUUCAGGUUUGAAAAGUCCAAGCUACAUGGAAAAAGACCCGCAAAAAGAGGAAGCCAGAAAGGAUCUGGAUUCAAGAAACAACCUACACUCGCCAGAAACUAAAUUUUCUGAAUUUUCAAAACCAAAAAACAACGAGGAUGGGUUAAAGGCUAAUCACAUUGAAAGUGUCCUAAAGUCGAACUCGUCCAGCAGUGGAAACAGUGACCCAGACUUCAUGGGUCUCUUCAAAUCCAGCCGGUUUGACCCGAACAUUUCUUUUUCUGGAUUGUCGUUCUCAGAUGCAUCGACACUUCGAGGAAUUGUCCAAAAUAAAAUCAACCCCCGACCUGGAAAGGUAGUGAUAUACAGUCAGCCGGGCGCCUCUGAGCCGUGCGCGGAAGUUUUCACUGACGUCCAGGAUUGCACCCCUUGGGCCCUCUCUCCUGUGAUACUUGUCAAGGUUGUCAGAGGAUGCUGGAUUUUAUAUGAGAAACCAAAUUUUGAAGGGCACUCCAUCCCCUUAGAAGAAGGAGAAUUGGAACUCUCUGGUCUCUGGGGUAUAGACGAUAUUUUGGAAAGAAACGAUGAGGCGGAGUCUGUGAAGCCCGUGGUGAUUGGUUCAAUUAGACACGUGGUCCAGGAUUACAGAGUUAGUCAAAUUGACUUAUUUACUGAACCAGAAGGGUUAGGACUCCUCAAUUCCUACUUUGAUGAUACUGAGGAGCUGCAGGGCUUUGGUUUCAUGCAGAAGACUUGUUCCAUUAAAGUACAUUGGGGCACAUGGCUGAUUUAUGAAGAACCUGGAUUUCAGGGUGUCCCUUUUAUCCUGGAACCUGGUGAAUACCCUGACUUAUCCUUCUGGGACACAGAAGCAGCAUACAUCGGAUCCAUGCGGCCUAUGAAAAUGGGUGGCCGAAAAGUUGAAUUUCCUACAGACCCAAAGGUAGUUAUUUAUGAAAAGCCUUUCUUUGAAGGAAAAUGUAUGGAACUAGAAACAGAAAUGUAUAAUUUUACUGUGGAAGGAGCUGGAACAGAAGAAGGAAGUGGAGAUGAAUGUUUGCCAUUCACUUCGGUGGGAUCGAUGAAAGUUCUGCGAAGCAUCUGGGUGGCUUAUGAGAAGCCUGGAUUUAUGGGUCACCAGUAUUUGCUGGAAGAGGGAGAAUACAAGGACUGGAAGGACUGGGGAGGUUACAACGGAGACCUGCAGUCUUUACGACCUAUAUUAAGUGAUUUUUCAAAUGCUCACAUGAUAAUGUACAGUGAAAAAAACUUUGGAUCCAAAGGUUCCAGUAUUGAUGUAUUAGGAAUUGUUGCUAAUUUAAAGGAGACCGGAUAUGGAUUGAAGACACAGUCUAUUAAUGUGCUGAGUGGAGUAUGGGUGGCCUAUGAAAACCCUGACUUCACGGGAGAGCAGUAUAUCCUGGAUAAAGGCUUUUAUACCAGCUUCGAGGACUGGGGAGGCAAGAAUUAUAAGAUCUCUUCUGUUCAACCCAUAUGUUUGGAUUCUUUCACUGGCCCAAGGAGACGGAAUCAGAUUCAGCUGUUUUCAGAAACACAGUUUCAAGGUCGCAGUCAAAGUUUUGAAGAAACAACAAGUCAGAUUGGUGAUUCAUUGCCUACCAAGUCCUGCAGAGUUUUGGGGGGCAGCUGGGUCGCCUACGACGGAGAGGAUUUCUCCGGUAACCAGUAUGUGCUGGAGGAAGGCCACUAUCCCUGUCCCUCUGCGAUGGGAUGCCCGCCUGGAGUGGUGUUCAAGUCUCUUCGUUUCAUCCAUGUUGAAUUUUCUGAACCAACAAUUAUUCUUUUUGAGAGAGAAGACUUCAAGGGGAAAAAGAUCGAACUUAAUGCAGAAAUAGUUAAUCUCCGAUCCCUAGGAUUCAACACGCAGAUACGCUCUGUUCAGGUGAUUGGUGGCAUCUGGGUCACCUACGAAUUCGGUGGCUACAGAGGCCGACAGUUCCUCCUGUCACCGGCAGAGGUCCCCAACUGGUAUGAAUUCAGUGGCUGUCGCCAAAUAGGUUCGCUGCGACCUUUUGUUCAGAAACGAAUUUAUUUCAAACUCCGGAACAAAGCAACGGGCUUAUUCAUGUCAACCAAUGGGAACUUGGAGGACCUGAAGCUGCUCAGGAUACAGGUCAUGGAGGAUGUCGGUGCUGACGAUCAGAUUUGGGUUUAUCAAGAAGGAUGCAUCAAAUGCAGGAUGGCAGAAGACUGCUGUGUGACGAUCGUGGGGAGUCUGGUAACGUCGGGCUCCAAACUGGGCCUGGCCCUCCACCAGAACGCCGACAGUCAGUUCUGGAGCCUGAAGUCCGAUGGCAGGAUCUUCAGCAAGUUGAAGCCGCAUCUGGUUCUGGAUAUCAAAGGGGGCACACAGUAUGACCAGAAUCACAUCGUCCUCAACACUGUCAGCAAAGAGAAGUCAACGCAAGUAUGGGAAGCCCUGGUGCUCUGAGCCCCAAGGAGGAGCGCUGGGGACGUGCUCCGGAGGCCGGCCGGCUACCUUGCAAGGGAAGAGGACUGUGGACGGAGGAGCCGCGCGGAGAGCGGGCCUGCCCUUCCUGACGCUGGCCCACGCCCGGCUCUCACGGCCGUGAGUGGGGCAACUGUCCCAUCUUUUUAAGAGACUACGAUAGUUUUAAACCGAUAAUGUGUCCUCCUUUCAUUCCUUGCCUUUCAAUUCCUUUCAGUAGCUGCCUAAACGGGUGGCCUCAUUAGCAGCUUUUGGGUGUUUUUUUAAAAAAAUGCUAUGCCAACACUUUAAGCUUACGUAUGUUUUGAAUUAAUGCCAAAGACAGUGACAGGAAAGAAAGAACAAACUUAACUGAUUUUGUGGACCUACCAACCCUACGCCACAGGGACAGAUGAAAGCUGUUUGUGAGGUGGAAUACUCAGCAUCUGAGAAGAAAAGGAUAUGAGGCCUGUGAUUUUAGUCCGGGACCUUCUGUUUUCUGGGAUUAUUAAUCAUGCUAAAUAGUAAGGGGGCAAAGACUCUCACGGUCAGCCAUUGUAGUGAACUGAGUAAGUAUAAACAAAAUACUGUUUUCUUUCUGUUAAUGUUAAAAAUUAGUAAGCUUUUAUGGCCAUGCCUGCUAACAUUUAUUAGCAGGGUUUGGGCCUGUUAACUUACCCGGGCUGCCCUAGAAUGUUACAUGAGGAUUGUCUUGUUUUCUUACCGAUGCUACAGAAUAAUAUGACGUGAUCUAAUUUAUUAGCCCAUCUUCCCUCAUCUGCAGCUAGUUUUGGGCAAUGUUGUGCAGUCCUUUGCUAAACUCAGGUCGUUGAGCCCUGCUAGCCGGCGCCACCUUCCCCGUGGUGUCCCCCAGCCAUGCUCCGGGGCAUGACCGGCGGGGCAGGCUCAGGGCUCAGGGUUCCGCGGCUCCCGCAGAAGCAGAGGAGUCGGGAGCUCAAGAGCAUGACCGGCAGUUCUUUCCAGAAAGUGCAGGAAGGGUAGCCCUAAGCCCGCUUGCUGGCCAAAUCUCAGAACCGAGACCCGUGAGAUGCCAGCAUUUCAGUGAAACCCCAAAUCUUUCCCUGCAGAGCAGACCCUGGUGCAGACAGGGCUGCUCAGACGGUGCGCUCUGGCUCCCAACAGUCCUCGAGUCCCUUCUUGCGCUGUGUGUCCACAUUUCGUUUCUGUCACAGAACUGGAGUGCUUGUCACACGAAGAACAAAGCUUGUUUUCUCUUUAUCUGUUCCAGUAUGUUUCCAACUCUAAAAUGCUGAUGAUCUCUUGAGUCUGUGGGAGGCACUGAUGGUCAGCGUAGUUUAUCUUCAGUUUGGGGUAAUGUCUGUACUUGUCCGACAGCAGCCAGCAUCUGUCCUGUUGGCGGCAUGGCUCCGGCUCUAAGCCUUUGUGCAUAUGCCAGCACAGGGGUAAGACGUUCCACAGUGGCCUGCGUUCACUUUAGCUCUUGAAUAAACUUGUUUCUGGGAACCUGUA